UCGCAAGCCGGCAUCUUGAAUACCUUCUGACCAGCCGACAAACUAACAUCGCCAGCCGCCGACAUGUCUGCCAACGCCCUGAACAAGAUCGCUCCCAACUCGCCCUCGAGGCAGAGCCCUUCCGAGAUCGAGACCAGCAUCGCCAACGCGUUGACUGACCUCGAGAACAAUGUCCCCGACCUGAAGAGCUCUCUGCGCCCUCUGCAGUUCGUCUCUGCCCGCGAGAUCGAGGUUGGCCAUGGACGCAAGGCUAUUGUAAUCUUCGUCCCCGUCCCUCUCCUCCAGGGCUGGCACAAGGCCCAGCAGCGCCUCACCCGCGAGCUGGAGAAGAAGUUCUCCGACCGCCACGUCCUGAUCGUUGCUUCCCGUCGCAUCUUGCCCCGCCCCAAGCGCUCCAACAGGUCCCGCACCAGCCAGACCCAGAAGCGCCCCCAGUCCAGGACCCUUACCGCUGUCCACGACGCCAUCCUGUCCGACCUCGUCUACCCCGUCGAGAUUGUCGGCAAGCGCCUCCGCACCCGCGAGGACGGCUCCAAGAUCCUCAAGGUCGUUCUUGACGAGAAGGAGCGCGGCGGUGUCGACUACAGGCUCGACACCUACUCCGAGGUCUACAAGCGCCUCACCGGCAAGGGCGUCAACUUCGAGUUCCCCCAGUCCGCCGCUGAGUACUAAGCGUGCUGCUGGCGGUUGUUUUGUUUAGCCUGGGCAUCAUACGGUUCAGGAGUUCGGCUUCGGAAAUGCAUCAUGUAUCCGG